UCGAGAUCGAAACGUUCCUAGAGCUGAAAGGAGAGAGCGCAGCUGAUUGACGAAACGUAAACUGUGCCUGCGGAGAUGGAUUUCUGCGACGAGAAAAUCUUGCGCUUUCGUAUUACGUCUGUGCUGUAAUUCCUCUUCUCCGCGGUUAUGUCGUCGCACUCGUCACAAAUCUGUGAAUUGUAUCCGCGUUCCGACUCUCGAGUUGCAACCGCAAGAAAAUGAAUAAUCUGUCUGGGCAAUUCCGCAAAACAACAUGGGAUCCCAUUCUCAUAAUUUCGCAGAUAAUCGCUCUGCAGACCGUUGUGUACCUCUGCCUCGGAUUCUGGAUCUCGAUCGUCGCCUCGAUACUGGGCUGGACAAAGUCGUUGGAUUACGUCUUUCAAUAUAAGGAGAUACACGUCCGCGACUUUGGCGGACAGUUGGUUAUCGUUAUGUUUGUCCUCAACGCCUUUGUAGGUGCAUUCGCAUUAUGGUGGCUGGUGCAGAGAACGAAAUUAUGCAUGGACUUUGCGUGUACCGCCCAUUGGAUUCACCUCGUCUGCUGUUGGCUGUACAACGGAACGUAUCCAACAUCUUUUAGCUGGUGGUGUUUAAAUCUCGUGUCGUUAAGUAUAAUGUGCGUCUGCGGAGAAUUCCUUUGUAUGAGAACAGAACUGCAAGCUAUACCUUUGAGUAUAAACAGUCAAAAGACAGCCUUGUGAGGUUAUCUGUGCGAGUUGAAGACGAAGCUUAAAUAAAUGCCCUCGGUGUUGAAUUU